UCCUCCUCUCGCCCGUCCUCACUGAGUCACGUGACAUUAGGAAAACAACAACUGGAGGAAGGAAAUCCCUGCAGAGAUACAUGUCCUUACAGAGUUUACAGAGCAAAGUAAACCACUGAUCCUGUCACAUUAGUAUAGAUUCGCUACCAGUACUGGGGUUGUAUGUGCCAUCUAUAUUUGGAUCGAUCCGCCCACCACUACCAAACAGCAGGCCGACCGUUGGGCGACCUGCAGAAAUGUCGUCGCUUGUAGUUUUCUUCUCCCUCCCGAUGUUGGUGGCUUCUGCGUUGAAAGAGGUUUGUGUGAGGCCUGGACAAGCUGCCACUCUUCAGUGUUGGGGUCCCAGAGAUGCACACAUCACCCUGCUGGAGUGGAGCAGACCGGAGCUCAGCUCACAGGGUUAUGUGUUCUUCUUCCAAGACCAGCGCUCGUACGAGAACUACCAGCACGAGUCCUUCAAAGGCCGAGUGCAGCUGAGAGACUCAUCCAUGAAAGACGGAGAUGUUACUGUGAUUCUGAGAAACGUCAGCAUCAGCGAUACAGGAACAUACGAUUGUCAGAUUACAACCAGCAGCACCAGAAAUGGCGAGAGAGUCGUCAAAGAGUUCCAGCACUCCAUCAACCUCACAGUCACAGAGUCUGUUCAGAUAAACAUCACAGCUGGACAGAACGUCAUUCUGCCAUGUCGAGCUCCAAACAUCGACAGCAAUUCCAAGGCAGUUGUAGAGUGGAGCAGAGCUGACCUUGGAAAAGAUUAUGUUCUUUUGUAUCGGGAUGAGCAGCCUGAUCCAGAAGAGCAGCAUCCAUCUUUUAAGAACCGGGUGGAUCUGCAGGACAGAGAGAUGAAGGAUGGAGACGUGUCUUUGAUUCUGAAGGGUGUCACGACUGCUGAUAGAGGAACAUACGAGUGUCGUGUCUUCAGGAGAAGAACAAACCGCAGGAAGAGAGCUCAUCUGGAGACUGACCCUAUCAGUGUCAUCUACCUGAGUGUUGUUGAUCCUCCAGGUCACACAGGAGUCAGCAGAGGACAUGCUGGACUGGUGGCGGCUUUGUCACUCUUUGCUGUGAUUGCUGCUUUGGCGAUCUUUAUAAAACUAAAACCUCCUCAGCCAGUUUGAAGCAAAACCGUUUGUAUGUCUUUUUUUUCUGUCUGCAGAUAAACCACAGUUGGCUCAUUCUGACAUUAACCUCCUAAGGACCGAACUCUUCCAUGCAUGCAUUUUUAAUUUCUCUUUGAUAUUUGGGCUGAUUGGGACCUGAUGCAUAUUUAAAAACUAUUUAAAAAAGUU